UGAUGCGACCAUGGGCUCUGGCAGUGACUAGGUGGCCACCCUCUGCCCCCGUGGGUCAGCGGCGAUUCUCUGCGGGACCCGGCAGCACCCCAAAAAAAAAAAAAAAAAGCCCCGGCCUCGAGGGUCCCCUGGUCAGCCCACCUGCCCAAAAAAAAAAAAAAAAAUCCCAGCAGCCGCCGUCCCGACCUCCACACCUCCCCGUAGAAAAAAAAAAAAAAAAAGCUCCUGCCGGCGGGGGCCCCCGAAUGCUGCACCCAGCCAAAAAAAAAAAAAAAAAAAUGGUUGAUCUCCACGAGCAGGUGCACCAGGGACCUGUCCCUCUGUCCUACACGGUCACCACAGUGAAAAAAAAAAAAAAAAACUUGCCUACAGGCCAACACAUCCCUGGCUGCAGUGCCCAGCAGCUCCCAGCAUGCUCCGUGAUGUUCAGCGGGCAGCACUACCCCCUCUGCUGCCUCCCGCCCCCGCUCAUCCAAAAAAAAAAAAAAAAACAGCUGCCUGUGCCCUAUCAGGCCUACCCCCACCUCAUCUAAAAAAAAAAAAAAAAACUGCAUCCCCCACCGCCGGCCCCACCCCCACAGCCCACCCAAAAAAAAAAAAAAAAACAGUUUGUGUCUCUGCAGGCCCAGCACCCGCGGAUGAAAAAAAAAAAAAAAAACAAUGACGUGGACCUGCGUGGGGACCAGCACUCCCUGGGUAAAAAAAAAAAAAAAAACUCUGCGCCUGGCCCAGCCCUUUCCCCAUCGGUGCCCCUGCACUACCUGCCCCACGACCCGCUGCACCAGGAGCUGUCCUUUGGUGUGCCAUAUUCUCACAUGAUGCCGCGGCGACUGAGCACCCAAAAAAAAAAAAAAAAACAGCCACUGCCCCCGCCGCCCCCACCACCACCCCCACCACAAAAAAAAAAAAAAAAACUGCCCUACUUCCUCUCGAUGCUGCCAAUGUCACCAACAGCAAUGGGGCCCACCAUCAGAAAAAAAAAAAAAAAAAAUGACGUGGAGAUGGAGAACUAUGAGGUCCUCCUGAACCUGGCCGAGCGGUUGGGAGAUGCCAAGCCCAAAAAAAAAAAAAAAAAAGACAUAGAGCAGCUCCCGUCAUACCGCUUUAACCCGGACAAAAAAAAAAAAAAAAAGACGCUGUGUGUGGUCUGCUUCAGUGACUUCGAGACGCGGCAGCUGCUCCGAGUGCUGCCCUGCAACCAUGAGUUCAAAAAAAAAAAAAAAAACAAGUGGCUGAAGGAAAAAAAAAAAAAAAAAAUCUGCCGGGCCGAUGCCUCCGAGGUGCCCAGGGAGGCUGAGUGAGGCCACACAGCCGCCCGGGAGAACCCUGCGUGAAGCUCUGGAAACUUG